AGAUAACAAAUCGAAUGUUAAUCGAUAUUCGUGAUUCGUGCGAUUUCGAAAUGGUAUUAUAUUCCAAAAUCGGAGUGAAAUUACCCAAGAUAUCCAAUUUAUUCCUUGCUCAACUUUAAAGAACUCAUGAUUCUUUCUUCUGAAACCCUGGACAUCAUCCCCCCCACUUGCUUAUCUCUCAAAAAAUCUGGAAAAUUAUUUACAAAGUUCACUAAUUUUGUGACAAAUCAAAAUUUCAACAAUUUCGACUAACCGAACUGAAUGGCAGAUGAGGAGGAAAGAGCUUCUCCGGAAGAAGAAGAAGAAGCUGAUGAGGCACCCGCAGAUGAAGGCGAAAAAGGAGCUGACGAAGCGGCCCAAGAAGAGGAAGCGGCUGAUGAGGAUAUUGUGGACGAGACCGAAGAGGAUCCCUUCGAGCUGCUCGACGAGGAGAGCGAAGACAACGAGCUGGAGGAGCGCAUGUAUCGGGAAUAUCUCGACUUGACGAAGCAGAUCGACUGCCAGAACGGAAUUAUAAACGAUCUGAAGGCACGCUCCCGCGAGCUGAGAGAUAAACCCUGUCAAACCCGCAACGAUCGGGCGGAGUACAAGCGUCUGCGCAUCUGCCUGGACCAGGAGAACAUCAAGCUGAACACCAUGAUGAAUCGGGCAAUCCAAUUGCAGAACAACGGCUCGAAGCGCCUCUACGGCAGCAUAGAGCUAGCCACCUCCGGAUUUGAGGAUAAUCUACUCAACAGUUCCUCCGGCUGCCGGAAGGCAAUCAAGUGCCCAGCAUCCACAAGUCGGCCGAAGACGGCGCAGGAGAUCUGCGAUGCUCUGGAUGCGGAUUCGGAUACGGAUUCGGAUCAGGGCUGUUGCUCGGCCAGGCGUUGCUCAUAAGUGUUUUUGAGUGGGAGUUAUCGAAACUUCAGAUUCGGAAGUCGGACUUAUAAUAGGUUUCGGAGAAAAUGUCGUCCCAUUGCCAAAUGUUUGAAAUACCCAAAUUCUUGUAACAUGUAGUUUCAAUUCGUUGGAGUCUUAUUCGAAAUACACACAUAUUUCUUUUACAUAACGGUUUCACUAUAUUAAAAUAUAUAAUCUCAUAGAAUGGAAA